AUGACUCCAUUCCUGCUUUUACUCUUAUCGACAUGGCGAUGUGUCGACGCAAUAUUGCGGAUCCCAAUAAACAAGACGACCCUGACGCGAAGUGGUUAUAACGUGGAUAUGAUUGAGGAAUUCCUGAAGCAGAAGUAUAUUCCAAACUACUCAUUCUGCACCGACUAUGACUACGGCAACAGUGAAGGGCUUUCGGACUACAUGAAUACUCAAUACUAUGGCCCCAUCCAGAUUGGAACUCCUCCUCAGACCUUCAGAGUGCAAUUCGAUACUGGCUCAUCUAAUCUGUGGGUCCCUUGCGCAAAUUGCCCUUACUACAACACUGCCUGCCAAAACCAUCGACAGUUUUACUGCCAAUCAUCGUCAACUUGCUACCAAACAUAUCAGCCCCUUACGGUCCACUAUGGAACUGGAUCGAUGCAAGGUUAUGUCAACUACGAUAGAGUUUGUUUCGGCACCAACCAGGAGUUCUGUACGAACAACCAACAGGGAUUCACCUGCGCCAUGUUAGAGUCCAGAGAGUUCGUUAACGCCCCAUACGAUGGCAUCCUCGGUAUGGCGUGGCAAUCAAUCGCUGCAAACAACAUUUCUCCACCUAUGAACCAAAUUUUUGCUAACCAGCAAGUAUGUCCAGUGGCGCUCUUCUCUUUCUGGAUGAACCGUGAUCUGAACAACAAUGUUGUUGGUGGAGAACUGACUCUAUGCGGAAUAGACCCCUCCCAUUAUCAGGGCCCAAUCUAUUGGGAACCUCUCGUCUCUACAAGCUACUGGGAAAUACGGGUGAGAGGCAUCACCGUCAACGGACAGUCAAUAACCUACCGUCCUUUCAACGCCAUCGUUGAUACUGGUACCUCACUCAUUGCUGGCCCAUCACGUUAUGUCCGACAGAUUCAACAAGCGAUCGGAGCUGGUCCGUCAGGCGAGAUCAACUGCAAUUCUAUUCCGUAUCUCCCGAGAAUCGCUUUCAUAAUUGGUGGAGCGCAGAUGGUCCUUUCCGGAAAAAAUUACGUUCUUCAGUUCGGGGAUGGCUCGUGCAUGUCCGGUUUCAUGUCAUUCGGAAUGUCUGAUGGCUUUCAAUGGAUUCUUGGCGAUGUCUUCAUUGGCGCCUUUUAUACCGUCUUUGACGCUGGAAACCAACGUGUUGGAUUUGCAGUUGCUUCUUGA